UACGUAACUCCGCCCGUAACAUUCAUACAGCGGCGUCGCCACCUAGCGUACCUGCAUUAUACUAAAGUAUAUUUUUUUUGUGUGCAAAAUCAUAGUACACAAACCCUUUGCUUGAAAAAACAGAAACAGGCAGUAAAGAUGAAAGCAAAAGGGGAAUUGAAAGAGUACGAGGUGAUUGGGCGGAAAUUGCCCACGGAGAAGGAGAAAACAACACCUCUCUAUAAGAUGAGGAUCUUCGCACCCGAUGCAAUUGUAGCAAAGUCACGUUUCUGGUAUUUCCUGAGGCAGUUAAAGAAAUUCAAGAAAUCCACUGGUGAAAUAGUCUCAUUAAAGCAGAUUGCUGAGAAAACACCAACAAAAAUCAAGAACUUCGGAAUUUGGUUGCGAUAUGAUUCAAGGUCUGGAACUCACAACAUGUACCGAGAGUACAGAGACUUGAGCGUGAGUGGCGCAGUGACUCAGUGCUACCGAGAUAUGGGCGCUCGACAUCGAGCUCGUGCUCAUUCCAUCCAAAUUAUAAAGGUCGAGAUCAUCAAGGCUGCGCAGUGCCGAAGACCGCAAGUCAAACAGUUCCACGACGCCAAAAUCAGAUUCCCUCUGCCCAAACGUAUCGCGCACAGAAACCAAAUGCCGACGUUCAGUGUACGCAAACCACGUACCUACUUCUUGUAAAAAGUUUGUUUUCAAUGUUUUUACUAGAAAUAUAUAUAUUAAAAUUUA